AUGACUCCAUCACCUCAUCUCCUCGUUGAGCCUGCCUACAUCCUAACCAUGCCACACCUCCCCGAGGUAGAGCGCUGCAUUGUGGGUUUGGCUCUUCGCUUUGCUCUGCUCGGUAGGGUGGACGCCGCCCGUCAAUUCGUUGAACUUACCUGUUCCCGUCCGAUGGUGCAAAAUUACAGCUCUCCGGAUUUGCGCGCACUGGUCGUGCAUUGGCGAUUGACUUAUUUUCCUGCCAACAUCCCCGAGGAAUUGAAAACCGAUGCCUAUUUCGAUGACUAUAUGAAGUCGAAGGAUCAAGAGAUCUCAAGAUGGCCUCACUACGUCCAGCCAGAAAAUCGUACUGAAGACGAAACUGGCUUGAGAUUGAUGCUGGAGCCUGGUCAGAAUAACUCCAGUUAUUCCGGAAGAAAACCAGAACUCGGACCUGCUUUGCAGCUAGCUGUCAAGCUGGCUGAAGCCCGCAAUGUUGAUCCGUUGAAUGACCCCAAAGUCAAUGAGAUCCUUGAAGCCCUUCCCGGACCUCUCAACCACAACCAGUUGCAAGACGCCUUCCUGGUCGGUUCUCCCCGUUGUGCACCAAUCUUCAUGUCCGGGGCUUUGGCCAAAAAAUUGGGGUUGUCUGAUCAAGAGCUUGAUUCUCGAGCUGCCGAACUUCUUGGGGCAUCUCAACAGCGCUAUUGGCAUGGUCCGUCAUCUAUGGGUCCAGAAACCAUAUCUGAGCUUCUUCAAUCUUGUAAUCAUGAUACCUUGGCAAGAUCAGACUCGCACUGGAAAGAGAUGGAAGAAGACAAGCCCACCUCGCUCUACAACUCGCCCGCCUCAGAGAAGCAAAUAACGGAUCUUGAACAGAAGCUCGAUGCAACCCUCCCUGAGGAUUUCAAAGCCUUUCUACGUAUCAGCAACGGCUUUGGAGGGAUCUGGAAUGGUUGCUUUCCCGGCCCUUACCUGCGUUCCACUGACGAGAUUGACUGGUUAGACUACGACGAAUGGGAGCUUGAGUUUGAUCAAUUGACUCUGCCUUCGCUUGAGUGUUAUAAGAUUGUCAACGACGCCGAAUUUCCAGAUCAACCCAUCUUUACCGAUGUCGUCCGCAUAGCAAGUCAAGAGAUCGAUGAUAUAUGGCUUAUUCCUCCUGGAAUGAUGCAGUAUAUGCGCGAAUACUACAAAGAAAUAUACGAAGUGGUGAACGAUGAUGGAAAACGAAUCAUCGAUCGUUCCAUUAAUGACUUCGCUGGAAGCUGGGACGAAUGGAACAAGCUGGACUGGGGAUGUGUGUACUGGGCCAGUGGCACCGUUAUCCAGCUGGAAUCUUUCAAGAGCUUCAAGGCAUGGCUGGAAAAUGCCGCUUGGAAUGCGAAGAACGCAGGGAGAGAAGGUGAUGAGGACGCAUGA